AUGAAAAUUAUAAUUUUUCUUGGACUCCUGGGAGCCACAAUGCCAGCACCGCUUAUUCCACAGCGCCUACUAUCUGCAAGUCACAGCCAUGAGUUACUUCUGAAUCUUAAUAAUGGUCAACUUCUGCCACUACAAUUUCAGGGCCCAUUUAAUUCAUGGAUUCCUUCUUUCUCUGGGGUUCCCCAACAGCAGCAGCAGACUCAAAAUCCAAGCCUCUCUCCAUUCUCAGUAACAAAUCUCGAACGAUUUCUUAAACCAUUCCCAAAUCAGGUACCUUCACCAGGACAGGCAGGAAAUUCCCGAGGAACCAAGAUGGGUCAGCCGGAGUUGUCACAGCCUCAAAAACCAUCUCAGAACCAACAAAACCCUAAUCACGUUUUGCCCUAUAUAUUCCCUUUCAAAAUGCCUCAAGAGCAAACACAGAUGCUUCAGUACUAUCCAAUUUACAUGUUCCUACCCUGGGAACAAACUGCCACCCAAUCACCUGCACCAACAGGACAACAACAAUAUGAAGAGCAGGUGGCCCCCGGAGGACAGCAACAGAUUGCAUUUGACCCAGUGAUAGUCACAAUUCCUGAAACUGCAGCAGUGCCAGCAGGAGGAGUGAUGCCAUACUUUCAAAACGAAAUGAUAGACUUUAAGCAUGCCAGUGCAGGAAUUGCCAUUCCUUCAACUUCACCAAAACCGAGCACAACAAAUUUUUUUGCUCCUGUCAUAGACCCAACUAUUACCCCAGAACUCAUGGAAGAGAAGGGGAAAAGAUGUGAUGGUGCCUUGGAUAUCACUUUAGGCUACUAG